CCCCAAAUUCUUCGUCAAAAUCAGCAAAGAUUGCCUUUAACAUAUUUGCAAGUACAUGCCUGUUGCCCUUUUGGUUGAAACCUCACUUUUAUAGACCUUGGAAGAAUGUUGUUAGAAUCUUAUUUUAGUAGAAAUUUGUAAAUCAUUUACAAAUCAUUUAGCCUAAGUCUUAAUAGCAAAUGAAAUAAACUGAAGUUCUUCAAAAGUGUCACCGAUCGUAAAACAUGGAAACAUUUCUUUCCAAAAAGAGCCUUCAUCUGUAAUAAGACUUGAUUCCCACAUUUAUAAGGAAAAAGCAAAACAAAACAAAACUGGACUUUAAGAAGAGAGAUUUGAAGAUCCCUUGGCGGCCAUGACUUCCGGUGACAAGAUGGACGCCACCGUGGGAGAUCUGAUGCGCGCGCAUGCUGCCGUGGUAACCAGGGUGACGUCAAAGGAUCACGAAGGGGGACAGCAGAUUGACCCGAACGGGGAAACGGUAGACGAAGUCCUGAACGUUCACCCGUCGUUUCUGGAAUGCUCAGGCUGCAGCGAGUCCAUACGGGACCGCUAUUUCCUGCGGGCCAUGGACCGGUACUGGCAUGAGGACUGCCUGACCUGUGAGCUGUGCCAGUGCCGGCUGGGAGAAGUGGACUGCUACAUGUACACCAAGAUGGGCCGGAAACUCUGCAAGAGGGACUACCUCAGGUUGUUCGCGCCCAGCGGUGUCUGCUCCGCCUGUAACCGGUCCAUACCGGCCUACGAAAUGGUCAUGACGGUGGCCCCCGGCCGAGUCUUCCACCUCGAGUGCUUCAAGUGCUCGCAGUGCGAGAAACACUUCUGCGUGGGAGACAAGUAUUACCUGAUGGGCGCCAACAUCGUCUGCGAGGACCACUGAUGGAUGAACCAAUCAGAAGACGGGUAGAACUAGAUCAGCUUCUGUGAUUGGAGGACGGUAUCAACAAUGAGGAUUCUUGAGCAAAGUGAACCAAUCGGGAGACGCAUAGGACGGGCCGGUCUGCAGGACCACUGAUGGAUGAACCAAUCAGAAGCCACGUAGAACUAGACGGGCUUCUGUUAUUGGAGGACGGUUUCAAUAAUGUGGACUCUUGAACAAAGUGAACCAAUCAGGAGACGCAUGCCACGGGUGGACUGCUGUGAUUGGAGGCUGUGAUAAUAAUGAGGACGAACGAACUGAACCAAUCGGGAGACGCUUUGAUAGGACUUUUUUUGGAGGACUUUGGGUGAACUGCUUUGAUUGGUGGACGGUGGCAAUAACGUAGCGAACUGAACCAAUCAGGAAAAGCCCUGGAUUGGAUGGACCACUGUGAUUGGAUGACGGUGGCAAUAACGAGAACUACCUGUGAACUGAACCAAUAAAAUUGCACAUUUAACCCUUGGUCGAUCCUCCAGUGAACCAAUCGGAAGCUUGCUACGUGGUGCAAACUUUAAUGGCCUCCCAUCUAGUUUGGCGGCACGAUUUGCGCUCAGGAAAACAUUCACUGAUUGGUUACACACUGGCCAUAUAGAAGCUAAACAGUCAUUGGUCAAUCAUUCAGAACGAUUGCAUUAACCAAUCAACUCUUGCCAUGAAUAAGCUGUCGACCGCAUGUGAUACAAGGGCUCAUCUUUUUGGUCAGAAGAUCUUGCUACACUAGAGAUAGGCCAAUGAGGCUGUUGAUCAAUAUAUUUUUUAAUACAACAGACUUUUCUUCGCGAAAAGAAACGUUCCCUUUCGGGGGACUGGAGUGGAAAAGCUUUAUCACUAAUAAGAUUUGUUUUCCCUCAAAAUUAGUUCGUGGAUGAGGAGAGACAAUAAUCCAAAUGGGCCAUUGAUUAAUUAAAAUUACAAACUAAUGAACUUUUGAUGAGCUUUGUUUGGUAAAUGUCGAUAAAUCAUCAUGCGUCAUUUUACGGAAAUAAACUGAAAGUGCCUGCAUCCUUGAGCCGA